UUUAGCUUGGCCAUAAUAAAGGGAGUAGAAACUGCCCCCUCUGAGACUGUGGAUUCCUUCCUGCCUCUUCUCAGCUCCUAGUGGUUGCCAUCAGUCUUUCGCAUUCCUUUAUUUGCAUGUACUUCGCCACAAUCUCUCCCUCUGGGUCUCUGUCUCUCAUAAAGGCCCUGCCCCGCUCCACGAUGACCUCAUCUUGACUGAUUAUAUCUGCAGUGAGAACCUUGUUUGCAAAUAAGGACACAUUGUGAGGUAUUGAGGUCAGGACCUCAAUACGUAUUGUAGGGAGACACAAUUCAAUCCAUGACAAAGAGCAACCUCCAGUUUGUGGUUUGUUUAAAGGAAACUAAAGAUCAGAUGUGAGCUGAAGGAUGGAUACGGGAAAGCUAAUUUGUAAAUAGAACAUUUUCCACAUUGUGUAUUAUUUGAUACUUACUACAUUUUUAUUUAAAAUGUCAUGAUUUAGUAGUCAGAGUUUAGAGGUUUUUCGUGGCAUCUUCCAUUAUUUUCUGUACCGAAACCUACCCUGAGAAACUCCUACCCUCCACACACUCACACAGAAUUACAGACACACACAACGAACAACAUUUCCAGACCAUAAUGACCCUCUUGAUACUGUAAAUGUCUUAAAAAUCAUGUAUCUGAGGUGUGGCACAGUGAUGCAGCAAGCUGAGGUGCUGCUUGUGAUGCCAGCAUCCCACUGGAGGGCUCGCUGGGUUCUUGCACUCUGCUUCCAAUCCAGCCCCCUGAGGGUCCACCUGGGAAGACAAUGGAAGAUGGCCCACUUUCUUGGGUGCCUGCCACCCACUUAGGGAGACCAGGGGUGGAGUGCCUGGCUUUGGCCUUGACAAGCCUGGGCCUUGUUGGCCAUUUGGAGAGCAAACCAGCAGACCAGCAGAUGGAGGAUUUCUCUCUCUCUCUCUCUCUCUCUCUCUCUGUCUCUCUCUCUCUCUCUCUCUCUCUCUCUCUGUCUCUCUCCUGCAUCUGGGACUUUGGGCCGGUUACAGAGACUGCAUGGGAGCAGUCGCCAUGUUCCCCUCAGUGGUCUCCUUUGCCAAGAACAACUCAAAAACCGUUCUGGUGAGAAUGAUAAGCCAAGCUGUAACCGGCUUCUGCUUCAACACCGAGAGAAGCAGACUGUGGGAGAAACUGACCCCUGUGCAUUAUGAUCCAAAUGUGAACCAAAAGGUCCUCUUCGUAGAACAGAAAAAAAUGCACUCACUCUAAAUAGUGGGCUGGAAAUGAAUUUGGUUUGUAAAUGUGAAUACCAAGGACAGGCUGCUGAUUCAGAAACCAAUAGUGUGUAAUAAAAGAAGAGAAAGGGCACAGAAUCACUACCCCCUGUUGUUUGAAGGCCAUUGUGAAAGCAAACAAUGCAGUGAAAGAAAGUUCCUCAUUUCGGGACACAUAUCAUUGCAUCAUAUUUAUUUAUCUUCCUGGAUAUUUGUAUAGCCCUUAAUAAAAAAUAUCAAAAUAGCCAAAAAAAAUCAUGUAUCUAAACUAAACUGGCUAUACAUUCGCAUGCACAGGGCCUGUCAACAGCAUAGCUUGCAUACAGGUUUUUCAUAAACAAUCCUUUUGAAUGAAGAUAAUAAUAAGGAUAAUAAAGCCAUCAUUUCAUACAACACAUAUUAUUUGAAAUAGUAUAUCAGAGUGUGAAAAUAAUAUUAUGAUGCAUAUAUUUAUUGUCAUACUGUUUCUAGUAGUAGUAAUUGCUGGAAAAUAAAUAAAUAAUGGAUAUUGCAAGAGUCACAGAUCAUAUGUAUUUCCUGUUGUUGACAAGGUCUUCAUGGUUAAAAUACAAAUGUUGGUUUUGCCAAUUGAGAGUUUCCUUGUUUUUGUUUGUGAAUUAUUUUGGAAGGAAAUGGAAUAAAAGAUGAGAAAAUGAUAAAUAAUAAUGUUUUUUGCUGUAAAGCAGUAUUUCUCCCUUCUUCAUAAUAUAUUUUGCUUUAAAACAUUGCUGAUUUGAUCAUUUGUAUCUUG